GCUUUAACGGGCCGGGCGGGGUUGUCGGGACGGGGACACACGGAGGAUAGAGAGCAGCCUGCAGCAGCUGGACCGACUCCCAACCGCCCGGGACCAGGACAAACCCGGCCUGCAGAAUAACACUCAGAUAUCCCUGUCAGUCUGAGAGUUUAGGUUUUUAACCCGCCAUGAGAGACUACUCGGCGACUCCGGACAACGGGGGCGCGUGCAUGCCGUGCUGUCAAGUUUGCGUCUUCGUCUUUACCGCAUUUCUCCUCGUCCUGGAGAGGACGGCAAUUUUCUACUGCUUUGGGUACUAUCUGUGGGUGGGUCACAACUACUGCUAUGCCCACCUUGCCGGCUUCACUGCACUGUUCCUGCUGCCAGGUUGGGGUCCUCAGUGGCUCAGUUACUUGUGGUACCUGUCAGAUGGACGCAUCCGCCGGAAGUCUCUCACCUGGACACACAUACUGCACUUGGGUAUCUUCAAAAGGCUGUGGGAGUGUAUGUGUCUGCAAGAUGAGGAUGUGUAUGGUGAGAUCAUGCAGCAGGCUGAUGUGUCCGCAUUACGCCUGUUUGAGGCCUUGGCGGUCACCCUGCCUCAGACACUGUUGCAGACCUAUGUGCUCAUCUGUACUGACAUAGGAAUCAAGUCUCCAGCCUCAGCGUGUUUUGUGGUGUGUUUGUUAUCUCUGGCCUGGGCUCUAGUCCUCUAUGCCCGAGCCUGUUCCCUCAUCAGACCAGGACACCUGCAAAUGACUCCUGCUGCCAUCCUCUGUCGACUGGUGUGGAGGAUCGGUAUGUUGGGAUCCAGAUUUGCAGUUCUUAUGCUCUUCACACGUAUCUUCAAACAAUGGAUCCUGGGGGUCAUCGGCGUGCACUGGCUGGGUGCAACUUUCUGGAUGGUGUCUCAGCAGACUGACAUCAUACGAUCAACAAGUCGAUGGAGACUCUUCAACCUGGUUCUGGGAGCCAUUCACAUCUUUCUUUUCCUGAAUGUGAAGUACGGUCAAUCUAGAUACCGCAUGGCUGGCUUUUACCUGGUGAUGUUCUUAGAGAAUGCUUUUCUUCUUCUGGCCUCCUCGUGGUUGUUUACCAUGGUGUCCUGGGAUACUGUGGGGAUCCCGGCUGCUAUCUUCUGUAGUUUCCUCAUUGGUGUGAUAGCGCUGGUUCUGUACUAUCGAUUCCUCCACCCUAAAUCUUUUGAGAUUUUCCAGAGUAUUCGCCACAGAGGAAUAGGUGGAGCCUGCAUGGAGCGUGGAUCGACACUGUCAUUGGAAGAGAAAGUCACGCCCACUUUUCAUCACCAUGCAACACUGUCUGGGGGUGGGACCCUCAUGGACCUUCCUAUCCAAUGGGAGGGCUGGAAGCAUCACCACUGGCUGCUAAUUCGUUUGGCCCUGAAGACAGGAAACGUGUCCAACAUCUGGUCUGCGUAUGGUGAGGGGGGUCUGGCCGGGCUGAUGGGUCUGUCUGAAGAAGUCCACUCCCCUGAUGAAAUUCGUGUCCCUCAGAUUCCACCUAUUCAACCACGUGUUCCUCAGAUCACACAACCAGCCCCUCAACCAGCUCCAGCUCAGGUGACCCAGGCUCCACAGGUCAGAGAGAUGAUCCAGCCACCACAGCCAGCUCCCAGCAGUAUAGUUGCCCGACCAGUGAGAAAAGCUCCUCCUACAUCAAUCCAGGACAUGAGGAGGUUUCCAGAGAUCAUCCCGUUCCAGGAGGUCAUUCCUGAGGAGUCCGGAGAGGACGAGUUCAGCGCUCCACUAUCAGAGGAAAAAGGUGAUGAGGACUUUCAGAGUGCAGCUUAUGGCUCACCAACGCCUUCAUCCCCAAUGCCAGGAAGCCUGCGACACAUUGACAGCCAGGCUGCGACACUGACUGAAGCCUCAUCCUCUGUGUGCUCUCUGGACAUCAAGACCCCCGGCUGGUCACCAGAGCGACGAUCUCCCCUUCUGAUUGGUUCCCCAGAGAAGAAACCAUCAAUCCCUGGCGAGUCCAGCAAUACUCUGUACUUCAGCGCUGAUGCACAGUCUCCCUCCAGUGGGAGCUACCUGGGCUGGGGCUCCGAGCUGUCACCCAUUUCCACCUACAGAAGUCCCUACCGAAUCAGGGAGGCCCGCUUUAUCACCUCCACUCCUCGAUUGGACCCUAGAGCUGGAGCUGAAAGUCCAGGCCUGGCACCUGUGAUCAUCAUCCCUGCUACUCCUGGUACAACACCAGGCCCCACCCCAGGAGGAACCCCAAGUGCUUCCACGCCUGCGGCUUCUACACCUGUGGCUUCAGCAUCUGGAGCUUCAACACCUGCAGCUUCUACACCUGCUGCUUCCACUCCUGGUGCUUUGACUCCUGGUGGUACGACUCCUGGAGCUACGACACCCAGUACUCCCAUCGUUCCACUCACUCCGGUCAUCUCCCACGCUCGCAAACAGGUGGUGCAGUUUGUGGGCACUAGAGAGAGAAUGGUGUAAAGAGGUGGGUGUUAGAGGUGAAGGGAACAAACGGGUGGGAAAAUAUAUCUUCUUUCUUAAGUUUUUCAAUAAAUUAUAAAUAUGAAUUCCUACAUUUACUCGCUUAGUGUAGGCUUGGUGGGGAGUUAGGGGGCUUUACUGCUCAGUACAUUUGAAUCAACCCUGAAAGAUAUCAACACAUAGAUAUUCAUAAAUUAGCAAAAAAAAGUAAGGAUGCAUGGGAAGCACAGUGGUAAAAUGCCACUACAGGUAAAUGUGCUGAACUCGUAAUAUUGAUAGCUUUCUGUCAAACUCAUUUGUGUUAGACAGGAUGUAAGACAGUGCUUCCAAGAGGAUGUAGUGGUUACAAACACUUUUAUACAGGCGAAUAGAUUGUUACAGUUUUUCUUUAAAACCAAUAUGAGGGGGGAAAAACGAUACACUACAGAUGGUUAUUUUCAGAAAAUUUGAUUUGGAUAGCUUAAAAUAAGAAAAAUCCAGAGGUGCUAAUUAAUACAAGGCAUCACUCAUGUUGAGAAAAAGUAAUUACAUGUGGACAUCAACUUUUAAAAAAGUGAACACAGAAAAAUGUGUCCAGCUUAUUCAGGCGCUGCAUUCAGCUGUGAUUACAAGACUGACCUAAUUAUUAUGAUGACAUUUAAAAAAACAAAGUAUAAACAAUCAUGUGAAUCAAGACAAUGUUAUUUUGAUAAUAGAUGGACCUAAAAGAAGAAUAAUUUCUGAAUGAAGCAGGUAAUCAAACUUGUUUACAAUCAUCAAACAUGCUGUCUGCAGGCAGCUGAGCAGAAGCUCCUCUCAAACCCUCACCCUUGCCUGUUUCUUCAUUUAAAUAGGUGAGGUUAGAUUGAUACAAUGGGACUAAUAAUCUAUGAAGUACUUAUAAAAUACCUUAAACCUACUACAUCAUGGACAUUAUUAUGCUAUUAACUGCUUAAGAUGAUGUUGAACAGCGCUGGUUUUAAGGAAGACACUCAUACAUCUGUCAGUCAGGUUUUCAUGUGCGUACAGAACAGUCCAUGGUCAGUGUUUACACACACUACUGACACAUACACAGAAACAAACUCCCUAAUAACAACCUGCAGUCCAAUCUGCUCAUUUCUAUGUCUGUAUUUAUUUCAUGAAACUAUCAGAGAAGCAAGCAACAAAGAGCAAAGGUUAAAGAUAUAAUAUUAUGAAUUAUAAACUUUCCUUUGCUUAUUGUAGCCACAAUCAUUUCAGUCAGUCAGUCAGUCAGUCAGCACUUUAGCGCAGAAACAGCAAAAGUUUUAUUUUUAGCCAGCAGAGUAGUCGUAGCACAAUAUCCUGCAGAGUAUGCAAUGAUUAGAACACUAACUACCAAGGCAUUUAGCAAUAUAGGAUGAUAAACAAGUAACAGAUGAUGAAUUUUAAAUAACCUGUUUCUUUUAUUUGUCUGAUGUUUUUUGUAAGUUCUGAUUAUUUUUUAUUUUUCUAUUUUUAUGAUAUGUCUAAUAUAACCUUGUUUUUAUGUUAUUGUAAUGAGUUUGUAUAUGACCUGCAGAAGCUAUUUACAUUUCUAGAUAAAUACAUAAAGUCCCCCCUUUCACACCAAUUAUUUUUAAAAUGUAAGUAAAUAAAUAUAAGGGAAAACCAAGUUAUGUAACGAAAAAGACAAUGUCAGUGAUUAAAGACCCAGUAAAAUAAAAAAGACUAUUUCUGCAGGACAUAUACAACAUGUUUUUUGUCUCUAAAAGGUUACAUACGUUUUAUCAGCAUGUCUGACAAUCACCUUUGUUUCAUUUGCGAGUUGAUCAAAGCGGAGAAGAGUGUGAAUGCUGAUAACAUACGGUACAAUGUAGAUGGUGAAGGACCAAAAAAUGACAUCUGCAGAGGCUGCAGUGGUCAGGAAGUUGAAUGUGAGUGGAUAUAGAAACAAACCUUUGAGUCCUGGAAUGAAAACUAAACUAGCUCGCUAUCAUGAGAUUAUUUCUUUCUGACUGAGCUAGUUCUCCUUUUAGUCUUUCCCAAAUUUUCAAAAUGUUGAAAUGUAUCAUUUGGUAUUCUACCUCAACGCCUAUUUAUUGAUUCAUUAAAUGUCUUAAUUGUUUGUUUGCUACCCUGUGUAUCAACACACUUUCUUCUUUAGAAGAAAAUAUAUUCCAUCCAUUUUUUGCUGAGUGAUACAUUUAGUGCUAUAAUACGCAGGGUGAGAUUUCUGUUGGAGAACAUGGCUUACACAUGCACUGGACAAAAUCUGUGAAGAGAUAACCGCCAACAUUUUGUCCACAUGAGGUGCUAAAGUUAACACAAACUGAAAGUUCCUCACUAGAGCUUUAAUGACUGUGUUAUUGUCCUGUACAUCGCACCUCUCACAAAUAUGUUUCCAACAUUUUCUCUAGAUUAACCUACCAUCUCAACAUCCAUGUGUAUGUUUGGUUUAUUUUCUUUCAUUGCCACAGUAUGGAAAUGUAACUCCUCACAGUAGAAACAAAAACACUAAGCACCUUUGUGUUACUGAAGUAUUUCUGAUAAUGUAGCUGCAUAAGGUUUGUGAUUGAGCAAAGAAACGUUGCAUAAAGGGAAUUUCUGGAAUGAAUGUGCUGCUAUAAGAUCAAUGUCAGUAUUAUAUAUUAUAAUGUGAAUGUUGUUUAUUUCAGUAUGUUAGAACUGACUCUUCAUAAGAUGUUAUAUUUAAGCAUAUAUCUGUUUUUCUUUCAUCAUUUUUUUCUCUUUUUCUUUAUUGAUGAAAAAACUAGCUAUAAGAUAAGGUCUAUAUCUGUAAUGGACAGUUCAAUGUUAUCUGAGCAGCACUUUGAGAAUAUAAACUGGAAUUUAAAUCUGUAUCCAACUUUGUGGUAACAGGUAUACAUAUUUCAUGGCCUAGUCACGGUUAGAAAAUUGAGUCACUGCAUGUUACUCGCUCAUACAGGCAUCCAGAGAACUGUAAACAUUACUUUAGAGAAAGACAACACAUACUUUAACUACUCACACACUCACACAUACCACAGUAGUUAACACACAUGCUUGAAUGUAUGUGUAAGUAAGAGCAAUAAGCCAGCUAAUGAAAUGUAUUUUAGAGCACUGAUUAAAGAAAAAUCCACGCACAGCUUUAGACUGCAAACGAUGCCUUGGCUUGAUCAUCAUGAAUCAGCGCUUUGCCUUGUAGAGUGACAGCUUCUGUGUGCGCUGCUUUGUGUUAGCACGACAUGCUUUGCUUUGUGUAUAAAAUGUGUAUGAUAAUCUAUGAUUGCGUUUCUAAUUUCCAUCAUUUUGUAUUUUUCACAUUUGUUCUUUUUAUAUUCAAUCACAUUUUCUGUUACAAAAUAUGUGGACAGCCACGGUGCAGUGUUUGAGGGUUUUGUGCUGAAGUUUCACAUGUGUAGUUUUCAUUGACAGACUUAAAUGAGUUUUCUGAUUGAGUGUGACAUCACUGGGUCACCAGGCGGCGUCUGUUUCUCGUCAUACAUCACUUCAGUCUGCGAGGAUCUCCACAGAGCUGCUGUGGUUGUUGGUAGAGAGAGUCUUUAAAUGUGCUAUUGAUGUGACAAAAUAAAGACAUUAAUCAUGAUCAAG